AUGCCCCGGACACUCAGCGCAUCCGACAUGGUCACCCCGGGCAGCCUCGGCCCACCCCCCAGCGAGCCCACGGACGGCGAGCAGGCUGGGCAGCCCCUCCUGGAUGGAGCUCUGUCCUCAGCCUCCCUGGACACCCUGAUCCAGCACCUGGUGCCCACCACCGACUACUACCCUGAGAAAGCCUACAUCUUCACCUUCCUGCUGAGCUCUCGCCUCUUCAUCGAGCCCCAGGAGCUCCUGGCCCGGGUCUGCCACUUGUGCAUCGAGCAGCAGCAGCUGGACAAGCCAGUGCUGGACAAGGCCCGGGUCCGGAAGUUUGGCCCCAAACUGCUGCAGCUGUUGGCCGAGUGGACAGAGACAUUUCCACGGGACUUCCAGGAGGAGUCAACCAUCGGUCACCUGAAGGACGUGGUGGGCCGCAUCGCCCCCUGUGACGAGGCAUACAGAAAGAGGAUGCAUCAGCUUCUGCAGGCGCUGCACCAGAAGCUGGCAGCUCUGGGCCAGGGACCGGAAAACCUGCUGGGCACCGACAAGCCCGUCUCCUACAGGACCAAGCCUCCAGCCUCCAUCCACAGGGAGCUCCUUGGCAUCUGCAGCGACCCCUACAUGCUGGCUCAGCAGCUGACCCACGUGGAGCUGGAACAGCUGCGGCACAUUGGACCUGAGGAGUUUGUCCAGGCUUUUGUGAACAAGGACCCUCUGGCCAGCACAAAGCCUCGUUUCAGUGACAAGACUAACAACCUGGAAGCUUACGUGAAAUGGUUCAACAGACUGUGCUACCUCGUGGCUACUGAGAUCUGCAUGCCAGCCAAGAAGAAGCAGCGGGCCCAGGUGAUCGAGUUCUUCAUCGAUGUGGCCCGGGAAUGCUUCAACAUCGGCAACUUCAACUCCCUGAUGGCCAUCAUCUCGGGCAUGAACAUGAGCCCGGUCUCCAGGCUGAAGAAGACUUGGGCCAAAGUGAAGACGGCCAAGUUUUUCAUCCUCGAGCACCAGAUGGACCCAACGGGCAACUUCUGCAACUACAGAGCAGCCCUGAGAGGGGCAGCCCACCGCUCCCUGACUGCCCACAGCAGCCAGGAGAAGAUCGUCAUCCCCUUCUUCAGCCUGCUCAUCAAGGAUAUCUACUUCCUAAAUGAGGGCUGUGCCAACCGCCUCCCCAACGGACAUGUCAACUUUGAGAAAUUCCUGGAGCUGGCCAAGCAAGUAGGAGAGUUCAUCACCUGGAAACAAGUGGAGUGUCCCUUCGAGCAAGACCUCAGCAUCACCCACUACCUGCACACUGCCCCCAUCUUCAGCGAGGACGGUCUUUAUUUGGCUUCUUAUGAAAGUGAGAGCCCAGAGAACCAAACAGAAAAAGAGAGGUGGAAAUCUCUAAGGUCUUCUAUUCUGGGGAAGACAUGAGAGGCACUCAGCUGGAGAAGGAGGAGGAGGGAGAGGAAGAGAGGAAGCCAGCCUCCUGCAGCCCUGCCUGCCCCAGCCAGCCCAGUGGGAGGCAGAGGCAUUGAUGCGUCACUGCUUUGCAAACUGUGAUCCUGUGGCCUGCCACCUGCCACAAUGACCACACUGCCCAGGCGAACUUUCUCCACCUUUUGUGAAGCCUCAGCCCUGGAAGGGCCCACAGCCUCCAAACAUAUGAGGGGCCCUGCCUUCAGAACAGUGGUGAUCACAUUGCUGGUCAGUCUGUCUGUCCUCAGCAGUGAGCCAAGAGGUUGGGCGGCUAUGAUCUCACCCUCGCCGUGGAGGUAGACACCUCGCCUGUCUCCAGGUGACCUGGGAGCCUUCAUAUCUCCAGCAGACGUCAUGGUGGCAUGAGAGGGGCCACAGCCCACUUGUGGCCCCUGCCAUUUUACGAAUGGACCCAAUCCUGCCCAGUGAGAUGAGCUGUUUUCUGUAGCCCUGUGUAUACCCUUUCGGCAUCCUGCUGGCAUCAGGACAGCAGUGAGAGCUAUGACACCGGUCAGCAGGACAAAUUUGAGUCACACACUUGACCACGUGUACAGUACAUUGUAAAUUUUAGAGUUGGUAUAAAUACAUUGCUAUACCCUGUGUAUUCACAUCCACUUCA